UACCCAGAGAGAGUCACACAGACACACAGAGCACACAACACAGAUAGGCUAUGCAUGGACUCGGCUAGGCUACAGGGCAAAUCAAAUUAGACAUAUCUGAAUAUAUUUCUUGGCAGAGAAUGACAUGAGUGAAGCAAAGAUUUCUGAAGCCUUUACAGCUGUCAACAUAGGAACCAAAAAUGCCAGGGACAGUUGGAUAGCAGCAAAAGGAGCCUCCAUCUUCCAGUCCAGGCAUACAAAUAUAUGGUUGAGAGAACAAAUUAACUGCCUCAUUACGGAAGGGAACAACAUCAAGGCAAAUAUUUUGGAUUUGCAAGGAGCUAUGAAGAACAUGAAAGCUGAGCUCAAAAGGCACGUGUCAAUAAUCAAUGUGGUGUUGAGCGAAUGUCUGAUUCCAGCUUGGGAACAAUUAUUUUUCAGAAGGAUAAAGCGAGCUGAAGAGAAAAUAACCUAUUUAGAAACUGAGAUUGAAGCCACAAAGAAAAAUCAGGAAGAAGAGACUGUAACAGCAUCUUUAGAGGAGCAGUAUCUUAAAAAGCUGGAGAAGGAUAAUGAAAAUUUACACUUGAGGAUCUUCAUGCUUUCUGAGAAGAGCUCAGCGUUGACUGCAUCGAUGAAGAUCAACCAGCAGAGUUACCUGCAGCUCUGCUGCCAUGUCAACAAGCUAAAAAGAGAGCUCCAGGAAUGCAAACUGACCUGCGGUGAGGAGGAUGAAGUUUUUACAAAGAUGAAACACCAAAUCUGGGAACUGGAAGAGUAUAUACAAGAAUACAAAGUGAAAAUACAGGUUCUUCAGGACAGAGAGAAAAGCCUGCAGGAUGAGCUGUCAGCUGUUGCGAAAGACAAGGUUCGACAUCAGAGCAAGUUGCCAGGCAAGUUUUUGAACCUUCACCCAAAGAGCUUGAUGUAUGAAUUGGCCAGGGCUGAACUGGAAGAAAAAAUGAGAAGAGAAGAGAAAUUUGUGAAGAAACAGCUUUGUGGUGGUAGGACAAAGAUCACCUGGGUCUUGAUAGGCUUGUGGCACUUUGCUGGUGUCCUGCUGGUGAUUGUCUUGACCGUCCUGCUAGUCACCGUCUUCAUUCUCACUGCCUGCCUUUCCAAUCACACAGUGACAGAGGCAUAUCAGCGGCCUGUGUGGCAGUUCCUGGACUAUUACAUCCAGCCAUAUAUGCAACUCUACAGCACCGGCAUCUUACCAAAGUGAUCUCAGGAUUGGAAGAAGCUGCCGACUAGAGAGAGCCUGUCAUUAUAAUGUAUCUCAGAGUGUGGAUAAAGCUCAUAACCUA